GUACAAUCCAUUCGUUCGUUGUUCAUUGAGAGAGACACACGCUUAUAUCGCAGUCAGUCACAACAAUGGGGAAGAGCAAGAUGUACAGAUCGUUCGACAAAAGUAAUAUUAAGUGCGUUCUUGUUGGCGAUACCACUGUUGGAAAGUCGUGCCUGGCCCGGAGACUUGCCUCACACGGAUUUAGCGAGGAAUAUACCCCGACCAUGUUUGAUAACUAUGCUGCUACCACCACAGUCGAUGGAAAGCCUUACGUCCUGAGUAUAUUCGACACUGCCGGCCAGGAGGAGUUUGACCGUCUCCGAGCGCUGGCCUACAUGAACUGUGACGUUUUCAUGAUCUGCUUCUCCGUCGCAAAUCCCGACUCAAUCAAGAGCGUGCUUCAGACGUGGGUACCGGAAGUGACGCACUAUGCGCCGGACAGCCAGCUCAUUCUUGUUGGCACGCAAGUUGACAUGCGCGACGAAGCCGAGAACAAAAAGAACUACAACCCGCACCUCUUCAUCCAGACAAAGGAAGGACUGCAGAUGGCCUCCAAGAUAGGAGCGGACUACGUGGAAUGUUCAGCUCUGACAGAAGCAGGUACGCCACGGUUGAAAGAAGUUGCUGUCGACUCGGGCCUUCGAUCACAUCGACCCAAGGACGAUACCUGCUGCGCCACCUGUGAAAUCAUCUGAGUUGUCUCCCCUCAACGUUGGGUCAAUUCAGUAAGGAUCUUCAUCCUUUGUCAACAUGAAGGGUCGUCCUUUAUGCGUGCUGCUCCGAUAGCCGUGAGUCCCCAUGUUGGGGAUUUUCGUCUGUCCGGGAUCAACGGCACCCGACGUCAUCAGUGACGUAAUCAGUGACGUCAUACCUCACGCAACCUGUGCAAUACUCGAGUGUGUAACUGGUCACCUUAGUCAGCGCAGCCUUAAUCGGGUAUUAGUGUCACAACUAUUGUAUUGUAAGUGCAAUACGGCGAGUGAAUCAUGUGAUAUAUGACAGUAUUCCAGUCAAGCAGUAUUAUGUCCUUGAGAGGGGGCAUUCGUUCAGGAGGAGAAUCUCAAAGUGUGAAGUGCAAAGCGGAACGGGGUGAAGAAAGACAAUGCAUACGAUGUAGUCACGUGGUGUAUUUGUCCACAAUGGGUCGACUUCCGUAUCGCAUGGAGACAAUGCAUAGAAGAGAGCACGCCAUGUCCUGAACGAAUUGAAUGAAUGAUGAACGCUGAGAACAAACAUUUUAUGUAUAUCAGACUAUUUAAGAAGCCAUGAAGAUUGUUUUGUUGUUGUUUGCUUAGAGAUAUGUUUUGCUUGAUAUUUAUUUUCACCAUGACAUGAUAUUUUUGUAAAAUCAAAGAUUCCAUAUUUUUGUAAAAGAAUAAACUGAAAUAAAACACAAAA